AUAAAAACCCUUCCCAGUGGCAAUCAAUUCAUCAGUUCGGAUCCUGUGUCGCUCCUGUCAAUCAAGUCAACAUGAAAUUCGCAGCCAUUGCCAUCCUCGUUGCUUCCGUUUGCAUUCAUUCAGUUUUCAGUUUGCCUCCACCACCGGGCUGCCGAAAAUGCCAUUGUAAACUACCUUUCGAGGAGUACCAAGUAUGUGGAACGGGCUGUCCCAAGACCUGCGACAAUCUUCUGGGGGGAGUGUGCGCCACAGUUUGCGUUCCGGGAUGUUUCUGUAAGGAAGGAUACGUUCGCAACCGUGAGGGAUUCUGUGUGCUUCCUGAGCAAUGUCCUUGUGCCACCACCACUACUCCGGAGCCAACCACUACCACUGAACCUUGCACUACGACCACACCGGAGCCAACCACCACUACCGAGCCUUGUACCACACCAUGCCCGAAUGCGGUUUAAAGAAAUCGUUUAGCUGUGGCUAACUGUAAUAAACAGAAAUCAAUAACUCAAUCCUUCAUAGGUUUCAAAUAACCUUGGCGACAGUAACAUUUAUUGGCAACAAAAUUUUAAAUUGUUUAAUUCGGAAAAGGCUCUUUUGAAUGAAUUAGCGCAUUAUCGUAAAAAUAGGAUUCUACUUAAUUUAAUAAAACUCUACAACAGUGUCAGUGUUUUCGUUCAUCAAUAUUUUUCCCUUUACUAUUUUCGACGCUUUUCUAGAAGCCAUGUUGGAGUCACAUUUUUACACGUCAAUCUCCGUGAUUUUGGUAGUGCACGAAG